UUCCAAGUCCAGCGCAAGAGAUCUUUUGACCCCGGGAGUAGCCGCAGCGGGCCUCAGAACAGCCUCUACUCCACUAAAGUUUCCCAGAGUCGCCUCGGUGGCCCUCACGCUCCGAGACACGCUGUUGCCACGCCAAGUGUGUCUGUGUCUGCGCGGCUCUAGCAACCUCCCUGAGAGGCAUCUGGUCCUCCCUUCAGCCAUACAAGUGACCAAAGACUGCCACCAAAGCCACCAGCACAGGGAGAAUUAGCACCAAACCCCGGGACCUCAGGGGCGUGGCUCGCGAGGAGGCCCCACCCGGCCACCCCAUUGGAUAACGCUGCCGCGUGGGUGGGAUCCGCGGUCACCAGUCCAGGACCCGCAGCUCCGCCCGAACGUGGGUCCAUGGGGACAAGAGGCCCAGGUGGGUGAGAAGCAAGCUCCUGUGCCCAGGAAGCCCGGUCCCCGGGCCAUGGGGGCACAGGUGAGUCUGUCUUCUGGAGAGCCCUGCCAAGAAGGCUAUGUGCUAUCUCUGGUCUGUCAGAACUCCUCCCAGUCUUGGUGUGAGAUCCCAAAUGUGUCGCAGCUGCAAGCUUCUUCUAUCCUUUAUGGAAACCUGAAUUCCAGCACAACCAACUGGAGCAUUUCAGCAAAUGUAGAAAACAAAUACAAUCUUUAUGUGGGCUUGCUACUGGCCAUAUGUUCUAGCAUUUUUAUUGGCUCUAGCUUCAUUUUGAAAAAGAAGGGACUCUUGCAACUGGCCAAUAAGGGUGUUACUAGAGCAGGACAAGGUGGACAUUCUUACCUCAAGGAAUGGGUAUGGUGGGCAGGAUUACUAUCAAUGGGAGCAGGAGAGGCUGCAAAUUUUGCAGCUUACGCAUUUGCACCUGCAACCUUGGUCACCCCACUGGGAGCUCUGAGUGUUCUUAUAAGUGCCAUCUUGUCUUCCUAUUUUUUAAAUGAGCAUUUGAACAUUCAUGGGAAAAUGGGCUGCAUAUUAAGUAUAUUGGGGUCAACUGUGAUGGUUAUCCAUGCCCCACAAGAAGAGGAAGUCACUUCUUUGCAUGAAAUGGAAAUGAAAUUGAGAGAUCCAGGAUUUGUUUCCUUUGCUGUGAUCAUAACUGUGAUCUCCUUGGUGCUGAUUUUGAUUGUGGCCCCCAGGAAAGGACAGACCAACAUAUUGGUCUAUAUAUCAAUCUGUUCUUUGAUUGGAGCAUUUUCAGUUUCUUCUGUCAAGGGCCUGGGAAUUGCCAUUAAGGAACUACUAGAGUGGAAGCCAGUUUACAAGAAUCCCCUGGUCUUUGUUUUGCUGGCUGUACUUGUGCUCUCAGUAACUACACAGAUUAACUAUCUCAACAAAGCACUGGAUACUUUUAAUACGUCUCUGGUGACCCCCAUCUAUUAUGUCUUCUUCACCUCCAUGGUAGUGACUUGCUCUGCCAUCUUAUUCCAGGAGUGGUAUGGUAUGAAUGCUGGAGAUGUCAUCGGGACCCUGAGUGGGUUCUUCACCAUUAUCAAUGGCAUUUUCCUUCUACAUGCUUUUAAAAAUACUGACAUUACCUGGAGUGAACUGACAUCCUCUGCUAAGAAAGACAUCCUGUCUCCAAAUGGCAACGAGAACAGUUAUGUUUUACUAGAGAACUUAGAAAGUUUAACCCCAGGAUAUGAUGAUGAUGUCACCUUAUUUAGCAGGACUGAAGAUCAGAGUCCCCAUAAAACCUGAAUUGUAACUAACAUUAGAUACUCGAAGAAGAGAAAGAAGAUUUAUUCUCGAAAGGACUUCAGGGAAAGUUAGUGUUUUUAAAGUUUGGUACCUUAGAUCUAAGUCCAAGUUCCAUGAAAUUUGAAAGUCAAGACCUGAUAUUCCUCCCAAGGAUUUCUGCAUGUUUUCACUGCUGAAAACUUUGAAAUAUCCCUUAAGCCUAAAAGAAGUCCAGGAGUUAUAUCUGUCUCAUAAUAAUCUUUUUCUUCUGGUCACAAUGGAUUUGACUCUGCCAGGUGGCUCUUCACUUCUCUGGUAACUAUUCUUAGAUUCAUAGUAAUUCAUAAAGCUAACUAUGUUCUAAUAAACAGAGUACCAAUCACCAGGCAUUGAUGAGUCAUAAUCUCAAAUUAUUAAAACUGAGAAGAGAGAACUCUUGUGUUCUGAGCUCCCUUCUGCAACUUCCUUCUUUUAAAACUAGAGAGUAAAUGGGCAAAGGGUUAAAGAAAAAAAAGAGGCCUGCUUUGGACUCCAUUCCUUCCUAAGCUAAAAUGUACAAAACACCCUCACUCCCAUGAAGGGUUUAUGAAUUACAAUAUUUUUCCAAAUAUCUUAUGACUUCAUUACCAAUUACAGAGGGAAGAUUAUAGGAAGGAAGAGAACACUUGACCUUUGGAAAAGGAAACACAAGUUUUAUUCUUUUUUCAUAAAAACACAGAAAUGAUUGUUGCCAUAGGUUCUUUUAACAGAGACCCUGAUGACAUAAGACAAAAUAGACUUUCUGUAGAAGUAAAAGUAAAUCAGCUUUGGAGUGACUUAUAUUCAUUUCAUUUCUUUCUUUAAUCAUUUUCCCAAAGGUUAUAUUUCUUAUUGACAAAGAGUUUUUUUUGUAAAAUCUAUAUUAUUUUAGGAUUAUACUGUGCUUUUUUUUUUACUAACGUUUUAUCCCUAAAAGGUAAGUUUUCCAUAGACUGUUUUAAAACAACUAGAAAAAUCUUUUUGAAAAAUUAGAAGAAAUCAUGCUAAUGAUUCUCUUGAAAUUUUACUUUCACCCUUAAUAAGGAAAUUGUAAUCAGUUACUAACUUCUCAAAAUAGACCUAUCCUACCACAACAA